AUGCUGGUCCUGAGGUACAUCCAUAGCACAGAUCGUCGCUUUCACACCUUUGUUGCAAAUCGGGUGGCAGCCAUCCAGUCUGAGAUAACGCCAAGCCAGUGGCGUUACGUGAACACGAGCGACAAUCCGGCUAAUGAUACAUCGAGGGGCCUUGCUGCUGGUGAAUUGGUAGGAUCUCAACGAUGGAUACGGGGACCAGAAUUCCGAUGGUCAAAGGAGGAGGACUGGCCUAUCCAACCUGCUCAAGACGAUGUUCAAAAGGAAGACCCUGAAGUGAAGACGAAGAUGGCCAACUUUGCUGCUACUGCCGUGGCCAAGCAUAAGACAAUGGGUUUGGAUCGGCUGUUGUCAAAAUGCUCGUCAUGGCAUCAUCUCAAGAGAGCAGUGGCAUGGAUACUCCGGUUUAAGUCAUUCCUCCUUCAGAAAAUACGUCAACCCAAUGAAGAGAUUCAGUCUGGCCUAGGCUUGUCAGUCCAUGAGCUGAGGCAGGCCUAG